AUGCAAUCCCAGUCCCAGUCCCAGUCCAGGCCCAAGUUCACCCUUGGCGCUCCCCUAGAGACAACCCUCGUCCUGUCUCUAAACGCAAACGAGAAGCUCUACUUUGACUGGUUCAAGUGUCGCACUUCUACCAAGAUCUCAGCCACUUUCUCUUCUGGCUUCUGGAACACCCUCGUCUUCCAGGCUGGCUCUAGAGAACCCGCCGUGCUCCACGCCCUCCUUGCGCUCAGUUCAGCACACAAGAAGGGUGUUGUGACGUUGGACAUACAUAGAAACUCGCCCACCUCGCAGAUGAGCCAACAGGAGCAGUUCACGCUGCAACAGUACGUCAAGGCCAUUGCACAUCUGCAGCCACACUUCAAUGCCAAAGACAAGGAAUCGUGUCGUGUGGCGCUCAUCACUUGUGUUGUCUUUGUCUGCUUGGAGUUCUUCCGGGGCCACUUUGCUACGGCGCAGCUUCACCUGAAGAAUGGGCUUGACAUUCUUUGGCAGAUGCAGGGUCUUCCCGAAGCUAACUCGGGCAUCUUGGCACUGAAACCCUGUCGCGAGUCGACUGAUGCUUGGAUAGUGGAGGCCCUGUCCAGGCUCCAUAUCCAGGUUGAGCUCUUCAGACUAUUGUACCACCAUUCAUGUGUUAUUUUACAGCCAGCUCACAGCCCCGAGAAGAGUUUUCUUGAAUCUUUCUCUAAUCUCAACGAUGCUUGGAAAGGGUUAGAGCUUGUUUACAACCAGAUAUUCCAUCUUACUCACCGAGCUCGUCAACAGACAAUAGCAGCAACAGAGCAUACAGCCCGGCAACUCGUCAAGACAAGGCUCGCACAAUGGCAUGGCAUGUUGCAAGAGUUCAUGAAAGCGCGGCCUUGUGGCUCAAACAUAUACUUGCGAAAGGCAUACCAGAUUCUGAGGAUACACUACGCCAUGACAAAUGUGAUGGCUGAGACUUGCAUAUACAACAACGAGACCAUAUACGACACCUGUACCGACAAGUUCAUCCUACUCAUCAAAGAACUUACAAAGUUAUGGGAGCUGUCGCUUCAUUAUGACCUGGAGGACGAGAUGCCGUUGUACAUCAUGACGACUUGUAUGCCAAGGUCCAUCAUCGACAUGGGCUGGAUACCGUCACUUUACUUCACAGCAGUCAAGUGUCGUGUUCAUCGCAUCCGGGCUGAAGCAAUUAAGCUUCUCAGGACAAGUCCUCACAGGGAAGGCAUUUGGGAUGCGCAUAUCGCAGCAUGUGUCGCUAAAAAGGUGGUCGAGUUGGAAGAAGGGGACUUUUACGGCAGUGCUGACCUGGGGGAUGACUUUCAGCUAAACACCCCAAUGCGUGAUCUGGAUUAUCAGGUACCAUUAUUACCAGAGUCGCACAGAAUGAGUGAAGUUGAGGCUGAGCUCUCAGGUGCUCCCAUGGACAAGAUCUUGCUUUACUGUAAGCGGGAGCAAGAGGGAGUCAACAGAAGGGCUCUCAUUUCGGAGUACAACGUGAGCGAACAAGCCUGGAAAGACAUAUGA